CAAAAGUACGCAUGAGUGCAUCACUCACCGAACUCCAGGUUCUGUCUCCCCCUCCUCUCGCGACAUUCACUACCUUCUCUCGAAUACACAUGCAUAUAUCUCCAAUCCUCGCCGUGAAUCACUGCAUUGAACUUCAUCAUUCAACCUCCACCCACCAUCGCAUUCCAUCAUCAAUUCAAUUCAAUCCAAUUCACUUCCUCAAGAUUCAAGAAAGAGUUUCAACCAACAAUUCAAUUCUCAUGUCCAUUCCAGAAUUCAAAAAUCCCUUCAUCACCCAAACCCCUAGACUUAACACCCAUUAACUCUUUCACUUGAUCCUUCAAUCUAGACAUGGAAACAGUGGGCAAAAGCCCCAGAAAACACCCACCCAAAAACCCUAACAAGAACCACCCAACCCCAAUUCCCAAACGCCACAAACCCAACGAAUUCCCCACCCACCUCGACACCCCCAACGUCUCCCCCGUCGCGCGAACCCUCUGCAACCUCCUCACCCGAACCUCCCCUCCGGAAAUCGAAACCGCUCUCACCUCCUCCGGCAUCCACCCCUCCGAUGACUGCGUCCGCGAGGUCCUCAAGCUCUCCUACAACUACCCCCACUCCGCCGUCAAAUUCUUCCGCUGGGCCGGCCGCCUCCAGAAGCAUUCUCCCCACGCAUGGAACCUCAUGGUCGAUCUCCUUGGCAAGAACGAGCUUUUCGACCCAAUGUGGGACGCGAUUCGCUCUAUGAAACAAGAAGGAGUGCUCACAUUGCGCACUUUCGUCUCGGCUUUCCAGAGCUACUGCGUCGCCGGAAGGUUUAACGAGGCGAUCAUGAGCUUUGAUGUGAUGGAUAAUCAUGGCAUUGAGAAGGACGUUGUUGCGGUUAAUUCGUUGCUCAGCUCGAUUUGCUGCGAGGAGAAUCAGACCUCGACGGCUAUGGAGUUUUUCGAGGAGGUGAAGGGGAAGAUUGCGCCGGAUGGGGAUAGCUUUGCCAUCUUGCUUGAAGGAUGGGAGAAGGAAGGCAAUGCUGCAAAGGCCAAGACCACGUUCGGUGAGAUGGUGAUCCGUGUGGGAUGGAGCAAGGAGAAUGUGAUGGCCUACGACGCGUUUUUGCUGACCCUGCUUCGUGCUUCGCAGAUUGAGGAGGUGCUGAGGUUCCUUAAGGUCAUGAAGGAUCACGACUGUUUUCCAGGUUUGAAAUUCUUUACCUAUGCUCUUGAUGUUUUUGUCAAGGAAAAUGACGCCGCUCAUGCAAUCCCCUUGUGGGAUGCCAUGGUGGCCGGUGGGAUAAUGCCUAACCUGAUCAUGUACAAUGCGAUGAUUGGGCUGCAAUGCAACAAUGGCGAGGUGGACAAUGCGUUUCGCCUGCUGGAUGAGAUGGUCUUGCACGGGGCUUUCCCGGACUCCUUAACCUAUAACAUGAUUUUCGAAUGCUUGGUGAGGAACAAGAAGGUUCGCGAGACGGAGAGCUUCUUUGCUGAGAUGGUCAAGAACGAGUGGCCGCCGACAAGUUCUAACUGUGCUGCGGCUAUCGCAAUGUUGUUUGAUUGCGAUGACCCCGAAGCAGCACAUGAGAUUUGGAGUUACAUGGUUGAAAAUCAUGUCAAGCCACUUCAUGAAAGUGCCAAUGCAUUGCUUAUUGGUAUUUGUAGCUUGAGUAGAUUUUCAGAGGUCAGAAGGCAUGCUGAGGACAUGCUCGAUCGGAGGAUCAUUAUAUAUGAAUCUACAAUGAACAAGUUGAAGGAUGCGUUCUACACAGAGGGUAGAAGUAGAAAAGACAGAUUUGAUAGCCUCUUCCGGAGGUGGAAAGCUCGUGUCAAGUUGUAAUCUAGAAGAUAUCUGCCUGUUCUUUAUGAUUGAAUAUUUACUUAUACUUAAUCGUUGGUGUCAGAGACUAGCAGGUUUUACUUGUUUCUGGACUCUCUCGGCUUUGCCUCUAAGACAGUGUUCUAUGACUUUCAUCCUUUUCGCUCUGUGGUAGCCUGUCCUUUUGAUAAUCUUUUGCUACCGUAGUUUGUCUUUUCUGUGCAGCUCCUUUCCUUCUCCUCAUAUUGAAUGUUUGUGUUAACAUUUUUUAGGCUGGUCACACUCUGCUACUUGAGAUGAACUUUUUAGCAGUUCAUUAGUUGUAGUUGACUUGUGUGCAAUUUUAUUGACAGAAUGAUCAUAAUACAAAACGAUUAGCUCUA